AUGGCUGGACACCGUGCCUGUAUCAGCCUCGUCCUCCCACUUCUGUGUCGCGCCGGCGUGGUCGACCCACGCUCGCUCCGGCCACCGCUGGAGUACACCGAUGCCUUUGCUGACCACGCCGCGGCGCCCGUCACACUCACGCCGAUCGGUGUCAUUCGGAGCCCCUACAAGGAGCGCUUCGGCACGCCGCGGCAGCCGACAGUGACGACGCAGGUCUCGGGCGGAGGAGCACAGCGCGGCUGCAUCGAGCUGCGGCCUGACGCCGGUCUCGAUCACACGCUGCGAGGUCUUGCUGGCUUCGAUUACUGCUGGGCGAUCACGCUCAUGCACCUCAACGCAGGCUGGAAGCCGCUGGUACGGCCACCGCGUGGCCCGAGGCGCGCGAAGCAGGGCGUCUUCGCCACGAGGGCGCCGCAUCGGCCCAACCCGAUCGCACUGUCGGCGCUCAAGGUUGUGGAGGUGGACGAGGCGGCGCUGAGGGUGACCGUGGAGGGGCUCGACUUGCUGGACGGCACCCCGGUCCUCGACCUCAAACCCUACGUGCCGUACGCCGACAGCUUCCCGCGAGCAAAGGCGGGCUGGGUGGACGAGGUGAGGGCGGAGGAGGACCGCCUCGGGUAUUGGCCGCCGCCGCCACACCUGCUGCAGCAGCAACGGGUCGCCAUGUGCCAGACCUCGCCCGCCUCGAAGGGCAUCAGGGACUUUUGGAAGAAGCAGUACAGCGCGAUCAAGUCUGCCAACAGCAGCUUGCCCAUCCUGCUCCGCGAGUCACAAGGCAUCCAGGCCAAGCUGACGGCGGCAUACCAGGGAGGAAAGGAGACCGUCGUCGUCGUCGACGGGCUCAGCGAGGCGGAGUUUGGGGCCAAACUCGAAUCCCUCAUGAAGGGGUAGUCGGGAAUGAGGGCCCGCGUGCGACGGUGUAAACCUUCGGCGGCGGCGGCCGGCGCACGUUGCGCCGCUCUAUGUAUACACAACAGUUAACCUUUAUCUCGGCGCGCCGAGAUAGUCUUACUCACAACAGCUGUACGGCCUCGAUCUCUGAGGGACGGGAGCACACGUGCAAGAUGUUGACCUCUACGUACGGGGACGAAAAAG